UCACCCGCUCUAGCCCCUGGAGCUUGCAUCUCCUCGGGCUUGGGGGCAGUGAAGGAGCAGGGGAGCAUGGCCCAGCCCGAGCCGACGUCGGCGCCCAGCCGCUGGGCACUGCUGCUGCUGCUGCUGCUGUCAGGUGAGCCGGUGCCUGCGAAGCAAAUAGAAGACUUGUACGGGAACCCCAAAGGAAGCCCUUGUUCCCGGAUAUGGCAGCAGCCACGCUUUGUGGCCAAGAAACGCAGCUCCAAGGUGGAGAUCAAAUGCUACGUGAAUGUGAGAGAUGAGUCGGAAACUGUGACGUGGUUCUGGAAGCCGGAGGGGGGCCAGGAGCUCAAGCCGGUGCCGGUGGGGGACCACUUCAUCAAGAGCGAUAAAAAGAGCCAGAACGGCUCCGUCUAUAUCCUCACCAUCGAGAACAUCCGCUACCAGGACAACGGCGUCUACUACUGCCAGCAGACGUGCCUGGACAACAGGAUGCACGAAGUCACCGAGUUGCACUGGGGCUGCGGCACGGAGCUGCUCGUCAUGGGGUUCAGCACCGUGGCCCAGAUGAGGCGGAGGAACAUGCUGAAAGACGGGAUCAUCAUGAUUCAGACGCUGCUCAUCAUCGUCCUGAUUGUCGUGCCCAUCUUCCUGCUGCUGGACAAGGAUGACGGCAAGUCUGGCAUGGAAGAAGACCACACCUAUGAGGGCCUGAAUAUUGACCAGGCGACUACCUACGAGGACAUCGUGACCCUGCGGACGGGAGAGGUGAAGUGGUCCGUGGGUGAGCACCCCGGCCAGGAGUGAAGCGCAGCCCCCCAAGCUGGGCCCCCCGUUGGGCCCCCGCUGACCACGGCAGAGCCACCUGACGCCCGGGCCGCCCACCCGCUGCCCCCCGCCGCCCCGAUUCAGCCCCCCCCCCCGCCAGCUGUGCCAGUCUGGACCCGCCCACCCAGGGCCUGUCUGGACUCUCAGCCAAGGGCCGAAGGCGAAGGCAGCAGCAAGCG